GCUGGGCCAGGAAGAAAGCGUCGAACCCCUGACCCAGACUCCAUCACUGACCCCGGUGGGCCAUUCGUCUCCUCCAAACGGCUGAAAAUGUCCAGCAGCACCAGUGCCCCAGGCCAGAGACGAGCGUCCCGGGGGCUGGAGGAUGCAACCAACAAGAAGAAGCAGAAGGACCGAGCCAACCAGGAGAGCAAGGAGAGCGAGAGACCCCCUGGCAGUGACCCUAAGAAAGACCUGCUGCUGGACUGGAAGCAGAACGCUGACGAGGUCAUUGUGAAGCUGAACCUGGGUAGCGGGGCCCUGAAGUUGGAGGAGGUGGAUGCUGCGUUCACAGACACCGACUGCGUUGUCACGCUGCCAGAUGGCCGCCAGUGGAGUGGCCAGUUCUACGGGGAGAUCGAGAGCUCCUGCAGCAAAGUCCAGGGUAAGAAGGGCAAGUUCCUGCAGCUGGUGCUUCAGAAGAAGAUCCCACUGCACACCUGGGCUUCGCUCCUGAAGAAGCGGAAGGACGGAUCCAAGGAGCUAGCCAAGGGAGCCGUGAGCCCAAAUGGGAAGGAGCAGCCCCCGCCCGCACAGGCCACCCCUGAGGAGCCGGCGAGGAGCAAACGGGAGUUCCCAAACUCGAAGCGACCUCCAGGGAGGGGCGAGGCCCCAGAAGAGAAGAGCCCGGCCAGCCCUGGGCUGCAAAGCGGGCCCAGCGCCAAGCGGGCAGGGUACCUCAAGGUGGCUCUGAUGGAGGAGGAGCCAAAUGCCGGGGUCCCUGGGGGCUUGGAGCCUGGCAAAGGACCCAGCGGGAGAGGGGGCAGCCGGCAGAACGGCCAAGCAAUCUGCGGCGAUGCUGCCACAGGCCUGACCCCGCCUCUGAUGAAGGCCGAAGUGCUGCAGAAGGAGCCCGUACUUGUGGGGAUGCAGCCACUUGCUGCCCCUUCGGAGAGCUUCCCCCAGCACAUGGCGCCCUGCCUGGAGAAGAGAGCCUUGCAGCCGGCCGCUUCCCAGUGCCUGGCAGCCCCUGGAGAGGGCCCCGAGGCUGUCCUGGCCCCCGCCUCCCCUCUGCUGAGCAGAGACGCUGAGAAGAGCGACUGGUCCAAGGAGGAUGUUGCCCUGGAAGCAGCAGCGGAUGAGCCAGAGCCCAUGGUGAGCCUGAGCUUGGUGAAGAACGACUCGUACGAGAAGGGCAGUGAUUCGGUAGUGGUGCACGUCUAUGUGAAGGAGAUCCACAGGGAGACCUCCAAGGUGCUGUUCCGGGAGCAGGACUUCACGCUGGUGUUCCAGACCAGGGAUGCUAACUUCCUGCGAAUGCACCCCAGCUGCGGCCCCCGCACGGUGUUCAGGUGGCAGGUGAAACUCAGGAACCUCAUUGAGCCGGACCAGUGCACGUACAACUUCACCGUCUCUCGUAUCAACAUCUGCCUGAAGAAACGCCACAGCCAGCGCUGGGGGGGGCUGGAAGCCCCGGCUGCACGAGGUGCAGUGGGUGGUGCAAAGGUUGCCAUGCCAACAGGCCCUACCCCUCUGGAUAAGAGCCAGCCGGGCGGUAACCAGCACCCCCUGUCCAGUAAGGAGGAGGCUCGGGCAGGGGAGAAGGAGAAGCCCAGAGCAGAGGAUGGUGCCCUGGAGGGCGUCGUGGCCCGGACGGCCACAGAGCACGUCACGGUGAAGCAGGAACCGCACGUCCCGUCGCCCAAGCCGAUGUGCAUGGUGCCGCCGAUGACUCACAGCCCGGUGAGCAGCGAGAGCGUGGAGGAAGACGAGGAGGAGGAGGAGAAGAAGGUGUGUCUGCCAGGCUUCACGGGGCUGGUGAAUCUGGGGAACACCUGCUUCAUGAACAGCGUCAUCCAGUCCCUGUCCAACACGCGGGAGCUGCGGGACUAUUUCCAUGAUCGCUCCUUUGAGACUGAGAUCAACUACACCAACCCGCUGGGCACGGGGGGCCGCCUGGCCAUCGGCUUCGCUGUGCUCCUGCGGGCGCUCUGGAAGGGCACCCACCAUGCCUUCCAGCCCUCCAAGCUGAAGGCAAUCGUGGCCAGCAAGGCCAGCCAGUUCACGGGCUACGCCCAGCACGAUGCCCAGGAGUUCAUGGCCUUCCUUCUCGAUGGGCUGCACGAGGACCUGAACCGCAUCCAGAACAAGCCCUACACGGAGACGGUGGACUCGGACGGGCGGCCCGACGAGGUGGUAGCAGAGGAGGCCUGGCAGCGGCACAAGAUGAGGAACGACUCCUUCAUUGUGGACCUCUUUCAGGGCCAGUACAAGUCCAAGCUGGUGUGCCCGGUGUGCGCCAAGGUAUCCAUCACGUUUGACCCCUUUCUCUACCUGCCGGUGCCCCUGCCCCAGAAGCAGAAGGUGCUGACUGUCUAUUACUUUGCGAAGGAGCCACACAAGAAACCUGUCAAGUUUCUCGUCAGCAUCAGCAAGGAGAACUCCAGCGCUGCGGAGGUGCUGGACUCGGUCGCCCACAGCAUGCGUGUGAAGCCAGAGAACCUGCGCCUGGCAGAGGUGAUCAAGAGCCGCUUCCACCGCGUGUUCCCGCCGUCCCAGUCGCUGGACACGGUCUCCCCCACAGACCUGCUCCUGUGCUUCGAGGUGCUGUCCCCAGAGCUGGCCAAGGAGCGGGUGGUGGUGCUGCAGGUCCAGCAGCGUCCCCAGGUGCCCAGCGUCCCCAUCAGCGAGUGCGCGGCCUGCCAGAAGGCGCAGCAGUCAGAGGACGAGAAGCUGAAGCGCUGCACGAGGUGCUACCGAGUGGGCUACUGCAACGUGGCGUGUCAGAAAACACACUGGCCAGAUCACAAGGCCCUGUGCCGGCCCGAGAACAUCGGCUUCCCCUUCCUCAUCAGUGUGCCGGAGUCGCGCCUCACCUACUCCCGGCUGGCCCAGCUCCUGGAGGGCUACGCAAGGUACUCAGUCAGCGUGUUCCAGCCUCCUUUCCAGCUGGGCCCGCAGCCCCUGCUCCCCGAGAAGCUGGACCUGCCUGCGAGGAGUAGCUGUGUGACUGCCCCCCCUGUCCCAGAGGCAGGGGAUGCAAACAGGGCCCCCCACCGGCAGGAGCCCCAGCUAUCCACCCUGGAGCUGCACCCAGAGCUGGGGGAGGCCAGCGCAGUGCCCAGGAGUUCCGCGCUCAGCUCCGACUCAGGCUGCUCUGAGCACUCUCUGGAGGUGCAGGGCGAGGGCUGCUGGGUGAAGGAGCCGUCCUACGAGCGAGGCCCCAAGCCUGAAGCUGCCGUCCCCGGGUACCAGCAUGCGCCCGACGCCCUCAGUGCCCACGCCACUCAGUUCUACAUCAACAAGAUCGACGGAGCCAGCCGAGAGCACAAGCUGGAGGAGAAAGGCGAUGCCCCGCUGGAGCUGACGGACGACUGCUCCCUGGCCCUGGUGUGGAAGAACAACGAACGCCUCAAGGAGUUUGUGCUGGUGGAGUCCAAGGAGCUGGAGUGUGUGGAGGACCCGGGCUCGGCCAGCGAGGCGGCCAGGGCCGGCCACUUCACGCUGGGCCAGUGCCUCAACCUCUUCACCAAGCCCGAAGUGCUGGCACCGGAGGAAGCGUGGUACUGCCCCCAGUGCAAGCAGCAUCGCGAGGCCUCCAAGCAGCUCCUGCUGUGGCGCCUGCCCAACGUGCUCAUCAUCCAGCUCAAGCGCUUCUCCUUUCGCAGCUUCAUCUGGAGGGACAAGAUCAACGACAUGGUGGAGUUCCCGGUCCGGAGCCUGGACCUGAGCAAGUUCUGCAUUGGGCAGAAGGAGGAGCAGCAGCAGCCCAUGUACGACCUGUAUGCGGUGAUCAAUCACUACGGUGGGAUGAUCGGUGGGCACUACACGGCCUACGCCCGGCUGCCCAGCGACAAGACCAGCCAGCGCAGCGACGUGGGCUGGCGGCUCUUUGACGACAGCACGGUGACCACGGUGGACGAGAGCCAGGUGGUGACGAGAUACGCGUACGUCCUCUUCUACCGCCGGCGGAACUCUCCCGUGGGGCGUCCCCCGGAGCACCGGCCAGACAUGGCUGCCGCCGAGCCAGCCGCCAGCCAGACUUCCAGUGAUUUCGUUUUCUUCCAAGGCACCGACAGAAACAUUGACUAGCGAAGGGCCAAGAACUGCUCCCUGCCGGACCCCACUGGAAACGCCGAUGGUUCCCUGCAUGCAAUGCCCCAUUGAGACCUAUCAAUGAGCCCUGGUAACUCGAUAGCAUUCUAGUCUGCCAGGCCAUGACACACAUCUUCCAGGAGUCUGUACGGCAGCACUAGUGCCCUGAGCCAUCAGACUUGUCAGCUCAUCAGAAAAUCCACUUAGUUUGACAGGAUGUUUUCUACAAACCCAUCUCAGCUGGCACUGAGGACACACUCCUCCUUCAGUUCUGCACUAAUCGAGUCCUUUACUAGCCGCUCGGUUAUCUUGUCCGAGAUCGAUGUCAGGAUGACAGGCCAGUAAUUACCCAGGUCAUCCCAUUUACCCUUUUUAAAAAUCGUUACACCGUUAGCUUUCUUCCAGGGAUCUGGAACUUCUCCGGUGCUGCAGAACGUCUGAAAAACCAGCCUUAACUGCCCAGCAAGCUCCUCAGCCAGCUCUUUUAAAACGCUUGGAUGCAAGUUAUCUGGACCUGCUGAUUUUCAAAUGUCUGACUUUAGUAGCUGCUGUUCAACAUUCUCCAGAGACACUAGUUUGUGGGCAGUAGCCGCAGGUCUCGACGAAGCAAAGGUUGGAAAGGACUCCGGGAGGAGGGUGUGAAACGCCAUCAGAAGAUGCUUUGCCAUAAUAGCGAAGAGAUUCCCAAGCCGGCGGCUGGUUGCUUGGCUCAGCUUGGGGGUGUACAGUGUAGUUCUGGGCUGACCUGCAAGGGGCCCUGCGGGGAUGCCGACACUUACAGUGACCUCGCUAAACGGAAGGUGGUGACGGCCUUGGACAUGGCUUAUGCUCUGAAAUGACUGCGUUGAACUUUGUACGGAUUCAGGGGCUAAGCCUUUCUCCUGCUUUACCUUUAAAACCCAACCAGCCAGAGAGAGGAGUGGCCUAGGAGGAGGAGGAGGAGAUGGUGUUCACAGUGUUUUCCACCAGACACAGUGCAGAGAGAUUGAUACAACACCUCUCCCUUUCCUGUUUGUUGGUUGCAAAUUCUGCCAUGUUCCUCUAUAACGGCGCAGUACCAUUGUCAGGAUUCCUUUGGUCCUAAUACCCUUCAGCUCCUCCUUAUUGUCCUUAACUCUGCUGGCCUUAGAUUUCUCCUUGUGUCCCCUGGCUUCCCUUACCAAGUCUCCCCAGUUCCUAGCUUCCGAUUUAUAUUCAUUACUAUCAACUGCCCCUUCCUUCUCUUGGCUGUGUAGGUUUUUCUAAGUGUAUAUAAUGCAGAGAGUUGCCUCCACUUCCCCUCUGAACGCGGUUGGAGUCUUAGCCCACGCGGCCUCCUUCCUUGCGUGUUGCUUUUCGAGCGCCCAGGCCAGUGCUCAGAAACCAUCUCAGUGAGCAGUCGCGUUUCUGACUAGAAUUCUUAUCCCAGCUGCGGGGCUCAGAAUUGUUUGCAGCUUUGUGACCUUGGUCCUUUUAAAGCAGCGUGUGUGUCUGUCUCCCUGAGCAGGACCUGCUGAGCUCUGGGCUGAGUCCCCCUUUCUCUGGCCAUUCCCGCGGGCUGGAUACAGCGCUUUCGGAGUGAGGGAAUUGGCCUCUCUCAUGCUGGCGUGGCUGUUCCCAGGGCACCCCCUGCCGGCGGCAUGCUGCUCUGACAGCUCCUGGUGCUGGUGCCCCCCGGGCUCUUCCUUGGGCACCCUCCUGCUGCAGUGCUGGCUGGAUCCUCACCCCAGGUCCCCCGCCUCCUGGGAGUGCAGCGCUGGCAUGGCCUGGCUAGGAACAACCCUCCCGUUGUCGCUGGUGCCCUGUGCUGGCUGCGGCUCCCUGGAGUGGUGCAAGGAGGCGUGGCUGGAGCUCUGGGCGCUCGCGGCCCAGCACCACCUGCUGUCGCACUCCAGCUAAAGCUGGACGGGGCUGCCCCGGUCUGUGCCUUCAGGAGAGCGUGGGCCUGGCCCUGGCAGCGGCUGGGCAUCCAGGCACAGCCGCCCUGCAGCAGACAAGGCGACCCCCCGGCGCUGUGCAGAGGGCUCUGCUGCUCGCUCGGGUACUGGAGGAAGCAGUUGGAGCGCUCUGGGGCCCUCAGCGCUGCUGCUGCCUCCUUGCCAUGUUCUUGCUGUGCGAGGCGGCUGCUGCCGCCACUCAGGGCUCGCUGCCCUGGCCUGCGCGCGCUCUGUGUGUGUGUGCGCGUGUGUGUGUACAUACGUACACACACACGCACACUCUGCGGCACCUCUCUGGGCUGGGGCUGUGUCCUGAGCCCCGCUGGGCCCCUCCUCCCCAGGGCUCCCUUAGCACGCUGACCCCCAGGGGGCUGGGGGGGGGAUAGGAGCUAGCCUGGGUUUGGCCCCCGUCCCGCUGGCCUGUGCUCGCUGCGUCCUCGGCCUGGCCCUGCACCGUGGGCGUGAAGGGGGGGCUGGGGGCCAGGCU